AUGCCUCUCAUUUCAAGAGUUGUGUCUAUGGUGCUGCGUGUCGCAGAGAUCGCCUUUGCAGGGGUUGUCAUAGGCGUCACUUCAAAGUACUUGCACGACUACCACAGCGGCACGGGCCAGCCUCUCGCUCGCUUCAUCUAUGUCGAGAUCGUCGCUGGCCUUUCCAUCCUGUUCGGCCUGCUCUGGCUCCUGCCAUUCGCAUCAGGCUUCUUCCACUGGCCAGUCGACCUUUUCCUCUCGUUUGCCUGGUUCGCUGCGUUUGGAAUCCUGGUCAACUACGUCAACGGUCGAACGAACUGCGGUGACGACACCUUCGACUGGAGCGGGAUUCGACACGGAGGGUAUUGCGGUCGCUGGAAGGCCAAUGAGGCCUUUAGCUUCUUGUCGGCUAUUGUAUGGAUCUUCAGUGCCCUCGUCGGUCUCUGGUUCAUUCACCGUGAGAGACGCAAGGAAGUGCGACAUACCAAUGGGACGUAA